GACAUUAAGCGGGAAGGGCGACAGCAUCCACAUCAUUUUCUGUUAUUAUUGAGGUCCAGGCUGCGUGGUGAUGCGAGUGGCCGCGAGAGGGCGGGCAGGAGGGCCUCCCCCUCUGAUGUUGGCGACAGCGUUCGCAUUGCUGGCGUCUUCGGCUCAGCUCAGUGAGAUGUCGUCCAGUAUGAGUAGAGAUUUAGCCCCGCAGCAGGAACCCAGCGACGUGUCUCCAACGGAGGAAUCGGUUCGUCUGGCUAAGGAGAAGGCAGACACCCUGUACACGCAACAAAACAGUUCAUUUGUUUUCUCUAAUCCGUUGAGCGAAUUUCCAGCCAAGGCGGAAAGGAGGAAGUCCUUGGGUUCGGGUCCAAUACAGCACCAAGGCAGGGAUAUAUGUUCACAGAAACCGAAGCUUUCUUCUUUCAAAAAAAUUCUGCAUUAUUUCAAAACGUGCUUAAACUUGAAAACUGGCAGUAUCCUCCAGUCAUGUUUCAACAAAUACCUGCAAGUUUAUGCCAGGCGUCUUCCUCCCAAGCCAAUUAUCCAUCCCAUUGGUAGGGGGAAGUCAUUGCAAAUCUUCCACCAGCGGGACUUCAUUGACGUCUGCCUCCCACUGUUCAGGCAAUAUGGUAAAUGUAAAGAGAAGAGAUACUCUACGUUUUGCGUGGAGGGUUGGACUCUCUUCCUGCACACUCGCUGGUGCCAGAGGCCCUCAGAAGAGGACAAAUACUUCGAGGUCCUCUGGGCCGUGUCCCUGAUGAAAAACGACUACGAAUGCUUUGACCACAUAUGUGAUGGCUCAUACAGGGUCAUUGUACGUGAAGUGAACGAUAUCAUCGUCCAAUUGUUACGACUUGACCAAGGACCUACUGGCAAAGCAUGUGGAUACCUUUACAAAGACGAAGAAGUUAAAGUAGCCAUUAGAAAUAGAUUGAACAUGACCAUUGUCUGGACGGCAAACCUGUUCUUCCCCAGCUGUUAUCCUUACUACCAAGUCACGUGGAUGGGGCUCCCUGAGGAGAAAGGACUCAACAGGUUCUGGGAUUACCUCCCUCUGUCGUGUCGCGUUGGAGAGAUUGUCAUGGCGACGUCGGUGGCGUUCAUAGGCGUGUCCGGAGCGAUCGGGAACCUGCUGGUGGUGACGGUGAUUCUGAGAAGCAACCACAGGAGCGAAGAGUCCAGUAUCCUCCGCACCUCGCUCGCGUUCGCGGACUUGUUUACCAGCGUCUUCGUUGUCAUCCCGGCCUUCUAUGACCAUCUGCUACCGAUCAUGGGACACCUCGAUUUCAACGAAAAAAGUGCUACUUUUUACAGUGGAAUGUCAUCUAUAGCUUCGUUAUCAUUUUAUCACCUUCAUUCAUUAUUUCACGGUUAUCGCCUGUUCCAAGGCAUAGUAUUUGGGGUGUGCUCGUUCGUGUCUCUCCUCACGCUCUUUUUGCUGAGUAUCGAGAGAUUUAUUUCAACGGGGCGCGCACAUCGCUAUCGGCAUUACUUCACGGUCCCUCGGGUCAAGAUCGCCAUCUUCUUGAUUUGGUCAGUGGCCAUCAUGGACACCCUUUUCUAUAUUUAUAACGGAGACGGUUCUUUCUCAGCUACGUGGUCGAGCUUUAGCAAGCUCUCGAUUUCGAUAUCUAAUGAGAAAGUUGGAGUGGCGUUGCGAUGGAGUUACUCCCUCCACAUAGUUGUGUUGUCGAUACUGUGCUUCUUGACUGUAGUAACUUCCUUGGUGUCAAUUGGCACCUUUGUGCAGGAACAAGCGAAGGUCGUAGCAGGUUGGAAGGAACGGAACAUGAGGGUUUCAGGUCCGUAUCAGAAGGAAAAUCGCCAGAUCCUAGCGACAAUGUGCAUUCUCACUUUCCUCUUCCUGGUGUCGACUAUUCCCUGCGGCGCGUACAUCGUCGUGAAGCUGACGGACGCCUUCUUCGUCCAGGGGGACCUUUUGCGAUACCUGGGCUGGUGGACGUUCCUCUCCGGGUGCUCAUGGAACCCUUGGGUCUACAACAUGCGGAGUCGCCGGUUCCGGCAGGAGGUCGUCGAGGUUCUGCGGGCGAUGCUUCCCCUGUGGCUGAGGAGGAGGGCGCAGCGUCCCGAGGCGGCCGAGAGGCAGAGGGAGAGGAGGAGGGCUCAGAUGAGGAUGCUGAGGAGGCUCGAACUCGUUGAUUAGAGUCUACAUUACUUUGAGGUUACGAUAGAUUAAAUUACUUCAUGGUGGAGUGAAUGGCGACUGUGGAUUGUAAUCCUGUAUAAAGUUGGAAUGCUUACUUAAACUGAAGAUGAGUAAAUAUCCUGUAACAGUAUUACAUACAAUAAAGAAAUUCUUGUA